AUGGAAGCCAGAGACGCGAGUGCAGGUGCUGUAGUGGGCAGCGAUGGAGAGCAAAAAACUGCAAAAACCGCUGCAGCUCUUAAGAAAACAGACCGAGCUGCAUCCCAAAGUAAGAUGGAGCAGCUCUUCGGCUUCAAGAAGGAAGACUUGACCUCCUGGUCCAGCCUGGUAGCGCUUCUGAACCGGCCAACGGACCCUGCAUCCCUGGGCAUUUUCCGCUGUUUGUUUGGUCUGCUGAUGGCCGUGGAUAUCACACAGGAGCGUGGCCUCAGUCACGUGGACUACAAGUACCUGGACGGUGCUCCCGUGUGUCGCUUUCCACUUUUCAAUUUCCUGAAGCCUCUUCCCAUGGACUGGAUGUAUCUGGUCUAUCUGGUGAUGUUCCUCGGUGCGUUGGGCAUCAUGCUGGGCUGUUUGUACCGUUUGUCCUGUCUAAUGUUCAUCUCGACGUACUGGUAUAUCUUUUUCCUGGACAAAACGGCAUGGAAUAACCACUCCUACCUCUACGGCCUGAUUGGAUUCCAACUCACACUUAUGGAUGGCAACAGAUACUGGUCACUCGACGGCUUGAGGAGACCUUCCAUCAGAAACGCACAUGUGCCGCUUUGGAACUACACCCUGCUGAGGACGCAGAUAUUCAUAGUCUAUUUCAUCGCUGGUGUGAAAAAGCUGGAUGCCGAUUGGGUGGAGGGAUACUCCAUGUCAUACCUGGCGCACCACUGGCUGUUUGAUCCCUUCAAGGUGAUUCUUCCCGUGGAGUUGGUGAGUUUGCUGGUGGUCCACGGGGGCGGCCUCAUGCUGGACUUGAGCGCCGGCUUCCUGCUCUUUUUCGACGCCACGCGGCCUUAUGUGAUGGUCUUCGUCACCUACUUCCACUGCAUGAACUCUCAGCUCUUCAGCAUCGGCAUGUUCCCGUACGCAAUGCUAGCGACAAGUCCGCUCUUCUGCUACGCCGACUGGCCGAGGAGGUUCUUCGGCCACUUCCCAGCAUGCCUCGGGGGUGUCCUCCCGCUCACUUCGGCGGACCCCCAGCCCAGCUCCUCCUGCGUUUACAACAAAGCCCCUGGCAGGGGAGGCCAGCCGACACCGACCGCCUCAAAAUCUCCUAAACUACGAUUUAAACACAAGUUGGCGGCCGUUUUUACUUUGGCCUACAUACUGGAGCAGUUUUUCCUACCUUACUCCCACUUCAUCACACAGGGUUACAACAACUGGACCAACGGCUUGUACGGAUACUCAUGGGACAUGAUGGUUCACUCCCGUAGCCACCAGCAUGUCAAGAUCACAUACAAGGACGGCAAAACGGGAGAGGUGGGAUACCUCAACCCAGGGGUGUUCACCCAAAGCCGGCGCUGGAAGGACCACGGCGACAUGCUGAAGCAGUACGCCACGUGCCUCAGUGACCUCCUGCCUCGCUACAACAUUUCGGAGCCUCAGAUCUACUUUGACAUCUGGGUGUCCAUCAAUGAACGCUUCCAGCAAAGGAUCUUCGACCCACGCGUGGACAUCGUCAGGGCCGACUGGUCGCCGUUCCGACCCAACGGGUGGCUGAUGCCCCUGCUGGUGGACCUCUCGCCGUGGAGAACCAAGUUCCAGGAGAUUGAGAGCACUUUGGACAACCAGACCGAGAUCGUCUUCAUCGCCGACUUUCCAGGUCUCCACUUGGAGAACUUUGUAAGUGAAGAUCUGGGCAACACCAGCAUCCACUUGUUGCAGGGUAGCCUCAAUGUGGAGAUCGUGGAGGAGAAGAAGAACUAUUCUCUGCAGGCUGGAGAGAACAUACAGGUGCCUGCGGGGGCUUACCACAGAGUGUACACGGUGUCGGAGGAGCCAUCUUGCUACAUGUACGUCUACGUCAACACAACUGAGGCGGCGUUGCAGCAGAACUUCACCAAACUGCUGGACCUCCAGGAGCGCAUUCGCAACGGGACAGAAACAGAACCUCUUCCGCCCGAGCUGCAGCCUCUCAUGUCGACUGGCGACGACGACGGCUCUGAAGUCAACGCAACCGACCCCGUCGUGAGGCUCUUCCUUAAGAGGCAGCGGCGAAUUAAGGAAGUGAAGAAACGCAGAGAGGCCGGCGUGCUGGAACGACUUGAGCGCUUUACGGUCAGAAAGUACUACGCCAUACGACGAGGAUUCUUGAUGACCGCCAUCGCAGUGCGAAACCUGGCGGUGGGUCUGCCUCCGCUUGAGCAGCUGACGCAAGAAGUGGCGUUCGCCAACAUGAAGGAACCCGAGGCCGAAGGAAACCACGACGAGCGUCUUAAAGAUGAAGCCGGUCAUGGAGAACUCUAAAAGAUGUUACUGCUGGAUUUGUUGGUACUACUGGACUGUUACUAUGGGAAACACACACCCACAGCAAAAUUGACAAUGGACACUUUUGUACAAGCAUUUGUCAUUUCAGAUGACUUCCAAACUAGGAAAAGUCAGUAUUUUUGCCAAACGUGUAAUCUAACACUAAAAGAUGAUGCUGUUUACUUUGGCUGAAAUGGGACCGGAUGUAUUUUUGAAGGCAAAGGAUUGGAGUUGGAUGUGAAUGCUCAUUCAUUUCUGUUGUUGCCCAACGACGAUUACUUUGUUGUGAUUCAAAAUCAGCUACGUUUUAAAAGGUUGAUUACUAUAUUUCCUUCAAACAGAUAGCACAAUAUGAUUUUGGAUUUAUAUUGGUAUAUGUAACCAAUGUGAUGACACAAAUUGUAUUUGUGUAAAUGGGUCCGAAUGAGGCGGCACGGUUAACUAGUGGUUAGCAAGUGUGCCUCACACUCGGGAGAUCUGGGUUCUAAUCACACGAAGGUUUUCUGCAGGCACCUUAGCUUCCUCCCACAUUCCAAAAAUCUACGUUCGGUUCCGUGAAGGAUAAACUGCACGACCCAACAGAGCACAACAGAAAAUAGUUGGAGUGAUGAAAUAGAAGCGUGGCAUUCAUGAGAGCAGAGGUCGCUGUUUGAGGAAAUACGGUAUUGAUGGUAUACAAAUGCAAACCUCCAUACUGUGAGUAAUACUUUGUCAAGCCUUUUUAGUCACUUUUAUAAGAAUAAUAAAAAAAAAGCUUGUCA